AAGGAAACAAACCCCUUUGUGUCUGAGUCACCAUUGAAUCCUGUUCCCUAGUCAGAAGGGGAUGUUUUUAUUUUUGUACUCAUCGCCAUGUGAACGCUUUCAGACUCAGCAUAGCUACAGUCAGUUGAGUUCCGUUUGGUUUGCUCUGGACAGUAACAAAAUUGACUUUGCAAAAGUGACAAGGAGUCCUGUGGUAUCUUGCAGAUUAACAGUUUUUCAGGGCUGCCCGAGUAAAGCGGAGGAGAGGCCAGCCUGGACAAGCAAUGGCGUCAUACCAAUCACCAGUAAUGGAAGAGCAUACAACUCCAGUUUGGAGGACUUGGUUUCUCGUCUGAAGCAGAGCGUGUGUGAUCCGGCCCAGAUAAACUCAGCAGGGGGCGCCAGGUGCAAACUCUGUCCCGUGAACUGGCGGCUGCAUGAGGACAAAUGCUAUUGGUUGUCGAAAGAGCUGAACAGCUGGAGCGAGAGCCGUGAGGACUGCACAAGGAAGGGAUCUGAAAUGCUGGUGAUCCAGAACACGGAACAGAUGGAUCACCUGCAGUCGGCCCUACCAGAGGCAGAUCAUAUUUGGAUUGGAUUAGCAUUUAACUCAUCCCAGGGGAAGUGGACCUGGCUGGACGGUGCCUCUGUCCCAGAACUGGGCCCAAGGAUGGGUAAGGUGAACACGAACAGCUGUGGAGUGCUACAAAGGAGGAACAUUGAGUUUGAAAACUGCAGCGUUAAAUUGAAAUGGCCGUGCCUGAAAGCCGCCUUCCCGCUUUAGACUGCGGCAUGACCGUGGAGGAAACCAAAGAGCCCAACGUCUCAGAAACCUCUGCCGUGUGUUUCAGGCUCACACAGCUGCCGAACCCUGGCUGGGUGCAUCAGCCACGGCAGCUCUGGAGUCAAAAGGGCGAGAUCCCCAACUGAUGUUGAUCUGCACUGUUGACAUCUGUGGUUUUACUGGUCACUGAAGAAAAGCAAACCCAGUGACCCCCCCUGGCCCAUCCGUGCUGCCCUUUUCCCCAUUGCUGCCCCCUGGAAGAAAGAGGGACGCACACCUCCCCCGGGGUGGCAAAGCCAGGGAGCUAGUGUCCCCAAAACAGAAAUAUUGUGAGUCCACAUAAUUGGCCCACGGCUGGCAGGUUGAGGACAAGAGCAGCACCUGGAGGGUUGAACAGGCCUGGGAGCAGUCCUGCAGUCUUCCCAUCCUGCAGUCCCCUCUCUGUUCCUAGUCCUAUGGAGAUAUACCUAUCUCAUAGAACUGGAAAGGACCUUGGUCAUAGCAGGAUCAAUUACCGUCCCGGACAAAUGUGGCCCAGAUCCUUAAACAGCCCCCUCAAGGAUUGAACUCACAACCCUGAGUUUAACAGGCCAAGGCUCAAACCACUGCGCUGUUCCUUCACCACUAUGUCUCAGCAACUCCCUUCACAAUUCCCUCCUGUCUCCCUGCCCUCCUCCCCCUCCCCGGCAGCUUCUCAACUUCCACCCGCUCGUAGUCCACCUUUAGCCUGGCUUCCUUUUCCAUCCUGCCACCGCUGGCCAUGUGACCUCUUAACCCUUUCUGGGCUGCAGGGCCUUUUCCAGCACCGCCCGGCGGUGUGGCCGGGAUGCCAGGCCUGGACCUGGCUCUGGGGAAAUAAAAACUUCUGUGAAAAACAUGUUCCUGCCAAGCACGAAUUUUAUUUAGUUCAUACCAUACAGCGAGAUAAAAGCCUCCACUUGAGAUCAGGGCCCCCUUGUGCCCAGAGGUGCACGCACACACGAAGGGAGCUCACAGCGCAUAAGCCUGGCUUUCGUUGAUCACAACAUGUGCGCUCGUAGCCUGCACAACCGCCUGGCUCUGUAAAUGACGGUGAGUGUGAGGUUAUGUAAUCAAUUAGCUGAUUCGCUAAACCACGGCUGAAAGAAGGAUGUACUGGAGACCACUCUGACCAGUUCCCCCAGUGUCGAAUGGCUGAGAAACCAUUAAAGGAAGAAUCCAACAAUCCCCUUCAGUAGUAUA